GGAUCUCUUUCCAGAGGCUGGUGAGGACAGAGCAGGGGCUGCCUGUGAAGAACUACCAGAGCUCCACCGUGACGGUGCUGCUGCUCAACCGCUCCGAGGUGCAGAGCGAGUUCCUCUCCAUCGCCCAGAAGCUGAGCACCAGCGAGCACCCGCAGCACACCACGCUCGUCGUGCUCCUGGAGCACCUCUACCAGGCCAACUUCGGCACCCACUGCGACCUGGACAGCCUGCAUCACCUCCUGAAGUCCAAGACGCUGGAAGAGCUCUUGGAGAUCUAUGCCAGUGCCACUGACGCGCAGGAGAUUGCAGCCACCAGCAGUGACCCUGUCCUGGCCCGGGAGCAGCUGCAGUCUGUGCUGCGGGACAUCGCUGGGGCCGCGUCCUUCCCUGCCAUCACAGGUGAGGCUCAGCCCCGCAAGCUCCACACCAUCCCCAUCCCCACUGCUCGCUGCUACACUUACAGCUGGGAUCAGGAUAACUUUGAUAUCCUCAAUGAUGUCCUCAGCAAAGAGUGCAGCGUUGUUGAGCCCAUGGCCUCAGAAAACGAGGAGGAGGAUGAAGAGGAGGAGGAGGAGGUGGAAACCAAUGGCUGUUCCCCUGAGCGGGACUCACUGCUUUCCCCCGUCUGCACCAUUUCCAAAGACUCUGUGUACUCGACGCUGUCGGAGGAAGGAUCUAAGCCCUCACGAGUGUCCCUCUUCACCACCUCCAAGGACUCUAUCUCGGAGCUGACAGUGGUCUCCAGAAAGUCCCUGAAGUCGUUCGUCUCCAGUCUGAAGGACUGCAUGGACAGCGGGUACGCGGAGGACAGUGACGAGAGCUCCCUGGACGUGGUGGGGAGGCCAGAGCUGAAGGCAGAGAAGACCCACCACAAAUACAGACACACACUGACCAACAAGAUCUACAAACUGUUCAAGAGCAAAAGCCAGCUGGUCUUGAGGAGAGACCUGAAGGACUACCCGGACAUGGGCUCGCUCUCGCUGCCUCUGCGCCGGGCCGAGAGCCUGUGCACCCCCCAGGCCAAGCACCGCAUCCUGGCACGCUCCCGGCGCGCUCACUCACUGCCGCAGCGUCUGCCGGCCCCGCUUGCCCCGCGGCACCUCAGCCUCCACCGACGGCCCUUCCUCAGCUACGACGAAGAUGCCAAGGUGUCCACGCUGCGCGUCGUGGUCUUCGGCUCUGACCGCAUCUCGGGCAAAGUGGCCCGAGCCUACAGCAACCUCAGGCUCAAGGAGAGCACGUGCCCCUCACUGACAAGGUACUUCAAGCUGCAGUUUUUCUACGUCCCUGUGAAGAGGAGCUGCUUGGCUCCAUCAACCCCCCUGAUGCAUUCCUCCCCGUCCCUGGGGGACCCACAGCUCCGGGCCUCGGCACAGGCGGAUCCCACCUUGGCUGGGAUGGAGAGCAGCACCAAUGACAUCUCCCACUACAUCGGCAUGUUGGACCCAUGGUACAAGCGCAACGUCCUUGGGCUGAUGAACCUGCCCAUGGAUGUCUUGUGUCAGUCUGCCAAGCCGGAGGCUGAUGCCCAGGAGGACUCCCAGGAGCAGCUGCCCAUCCUGGCGGACAUGAUCCUCUACUAUUGCCGCUUCGCCACACGCCCCGUCCUGCUGCAGCUCUACCAGACGGAGCUCACCUUCAUUGGGGGAGAAAAGAUGACCGAAGUCUUCAUCCAUUCCCUUGAGCUGGGCCACUCGGCAGCCACGCGAGCCAUCAAGGCAUCAGGUCCAGGCAGCAAAAGACUGGGCAUAGACGGAGACAGAGAAGCAAUCCCACUAACACUACAGAUCGCCUACAGCAAGACAGCCGUCAGUGGAAGAAGUCAUUGGAAUGAUGUUGAGAAGGUCUGCACAUCUGUCAACCUUAGCAAAGCCUGCAAGAAGUAUGAAGAACUAGCCUCCAAGACAGAGUGUCUCAACUUAACCAUGACAGAAGUGGUCAAAAGGCAAAACUCCAAAUCCAAAAAAAGUUUCAAUCAGAUCAGUGUGUCCCAGAUAAAAGUAGACAAGGUCCAGAUUAUUGGUGUCCAGUCCUCCUUUGCUGUGUGCCUGGACCAGGAUGAGCAGAAGAUCCUGCAGAGUGUAACCAGGUGUGAGAUCUCUGUGUGCCACAAACCUAGGGACAGCGAUCUUUUUGCACUGAGAAGGUCCUCUUUGCCUCCCCAGGACCCCUUCGAGUUUCAUUCUCUUCUGUGUUUACCCAUUGCCACGUUCAGUGGAGCACUGCCAUAG